CUUUGGCUUCUCCCAGCCACAGCCGAGCCGCCGCUGCGCGCGACAGCCACGCCGCCGCUCUCCUCUCCCUCCCGCCGGCUCUCUCCCCCCGCCGCUUUUCACGCCUUUCACUAUCAUCAUCCCCCCCGUUAGGUUUGCCAGAACCGUCGUUAAGAAGGAGAGAGAGAUCUUUGAACCUUAAUGGACGACGCGGAUAUCAUGGACCUGACGCACCAGAAAGCGAAAAAGCGGCCGCGUCCAAUCAGUUCCGUGGACGAGUCCGUGCACGCUCCGCUCAAGAGGCUCCCGAUGCGGGCGACGGAGUGCCGGGAGCCCGCCCUGAUGUUCGCUGUCAGGGGGGAGCCUGUUCCCGCAGCCUCCCUCAAACAGAAUGACCACUCGCUCACCUCCUCUCCGACCACAGUCAUGCCAGCGCAGGAUAAUCGCUCCAGCAUGUCCAGACCCAUGAUCACACGGUCACCUGUGUCUCCCUUGAGUAACCAGGGCAUCCCUACCCCUGCACAACUCACCAAGUCCAACGCCCCCGUGCACAUUGACGUAGGCGGACACAUGUACACCAGCAGCCUGGCCACCCUAACGAAAUUCCCAGAAUCGCGAAUCGGUCGCCUCUUUGAUGGCACAGAGCCUAUAGUCCUGGACAGCCUGAAGCAGCACUACUUCAUUGAUAGGGAUGGACACAUGUUCCGCUACAUUCUCAACUUCCUCAGGACGUCCAAGCUCCUCAUUCCAGACGACUUCAAAGACUAUAGUCUGCUGUUUGAGGAGGCUCGAUAUUUUCAGCUGCAGCCCAUGUUGGUUGAGCUGGAGCGCUGGCGCCAGGACCAGGAGCUGGGCAGGGUCUCCCGCCCCUGUGAGUGCGUAGUUGUGCGCGUUGCACCCGACCUGGGCGAGAGGAUCACACUUAGCGGUGACAAGGCCCUAAUUGAAGAUGUUUUUCCUGAAAUCGGCGAUGUCAUGUGCAACUCUGUCAACGCCGGGUGGAACCAUGACUCCACACACGUCAUCCGCUUCCCACUCAACGGCUACUGUCACCUCAACUCUGUCCAGGUUCUAGAGCGUCUCCAGCAGCGAGGCUUCGAGAUCGCUGGCUCCUGUGGAGGAGGUGUGGACUCGUCCCAGUUCAGCGAGUACGUCCUGAGGCGGGAACUGAGGAGGACGAGUCAGCGAGGCCUCAAUUCAAACAGGAUAAAGCAGGAGCAGCUGGACUAGAAACCUCCAAAACAGUAGGAGGUGCUAGACUUUUCUGUAGCAGCCAAAGGCUCGAAGCUGCAGAACUCUGUGGACUCUUUUAUUUUUCUUAAUUUCCUUGUUGAUGUUUCUGUUUUCCUAAACUCGAAAACCUCCUAGAGAAUAAAAAUGAAGUGCAGCAGGAGAUUUUUUUUUUUCUUUGCCGUAAGAAGAUACAAGACAUUUGAUAAGUUUGAGAUUGCAAAGACAUUUGUGAUUGUCUUGUCCCCAUAAAUCAAUUUAAAAAAAGUAUUUAUAUAUGCUGG